GAAGAGACCACGUUCCCGUCACAUGAUUGAGGAAUAUUUGUUUUUCUGUGUAAUCAUGUUUACAUUAUGCCAGCUGUAAAUCACUAACGUUCUCUAGAAAAUAAGAAAGUCGACAAUGGGAGGUGCACGCCAGACGUUGGGGCUUGCCGUAGUGUUCCUGAUGACGACCUGUCUCUGCACCUGUGGGCGGCCACCACGGGGCUGGAACAGCUAUGACAACAUGGAUGGGUACAGUCUGAUGAUGAACGAAACAGCAGUGCUCCAGAUUGCUGCAGCCCAGAGGUCCCAGCUGCUGUAUUACGGUUAUGAUCACCUGGUGCUGGAUGCCGGUUGGUUCUGGAACAUCACGGCCGACGCUCCAAUUUUGGAUGACUUUGGUCGCCCCCUGCCAGACCCAGAACGCUUCCCUCCAGUAAGGGAACCAACGGGCUGGAGAUUCUGGCUCGCCAAGUUCAGGACAAAGGUUUGAAGUUCGGUGUCUGGUUCCUCCGUGGGAUUCCUUUGCAGGCAGUGAAGGACAAGCUGAGGAUCUACGGCACACAGUACACAGCAGACCAGAUCGCCCUGCCCAGCACGCAGUGUUCCUGGGACAACAUGAACUAUGGCAUCAACACAUCCCACCCUGCAGCCAUGUACUACUACAGGUCUGUAACAGAUAUGUUCUCCUCCUGGGGCGUGGACUUUGUCAAAGCCGACUGCUUCUACGGAGGAGAGAUUCACAAGGACGAGGUGGCGCUGUUCUCUCAGGCCGUCUCCCAGACGACAAGAACGAUGACACUGUCGUACUCUCCGGGGAACGAGGCUAACGUGACCAUUGCUCAGUGGUUGGUGGAUAACGGGUAUGCUGACAUGUACAGAAUAACAGCUGAUACGUGGGACAGCUGGACAGGUGCAGAUGGAAUCGCCAAACAGUUCCCGGCAGCUGCUGCACAUGCUAAGCUGAUAGGUGUAGGUGAUACGUACCCUGACUUGGACCUCUUACCACUCGGACAUUUAGGACACUUGACUGGAGCCCACAGCCCCCCACGCUCCACACGUCUGACCAUGGUGGAACAGAAGACAGCUAUGACCCUGUGGUGCAUGGCCAGGUCACCCCUCAUGUUUGGAGGGAAACUUCCCACAGACGACAUGACUCUAGGCCUGCUGACUCACAAGGAGCUGCUCAGGCUGCAUGAGUUUAGCAUGGGAAACCGCCCAGUGUACCAAUCUGGUGACACAGUGGUGUGGCACGCGGUCAGCACGAAGCCUGUCACUCUUGUAGAACACUAUGUGGCCUUCUUCAACCUCGCAGUGGACCACUCCCUAACCGUGGCUGUCAACUUUACAGACCUCAGCCUUCCCUCAGGGCAACUGUACAGUGUGAUAGAUACCUGGGACAGCCAUAAUCUGGGCUUGUAUAAGGAUUCGUUCUCAGCUACUGUGUAUGCACGAGGCUCUGGCUUGUACAGAAUCAUCAAAGACUUAACUCCACCUAGUUAGAAACAAAGUUGUGGCCACACUGCCAUUGCUGCAAGCAAUCAUAAUAUAUACAGCAGGGAUGUUGCAGAACAACCUAUUGCAGAUGUUUUGUUUGAACUUUUGAGAUGAAGUAAGCUUUUUAGUUAUUCAUGUUAUAUGUGAUGCAAUCUAUGCAUACAAGUGUCUGUAAAUAGAAUUCUAGAAGCUGCCUGGUUGGGGGUGGGGCAGAAGAACUAUGCAGCUGAUAAGCAUGAUGAUAUUAUGGAUAUGAUUCAAAGAUGAUAUCAUGGUCUUGGAUAUGUUAGAGAUACAUGCACUGCAUGAUGAUGAAGGUUGUUAAAGGAUAUCAUUUUUCACCGAAAUGGUGACAACACUGACCAUGGCAUGUUUGUACAGGCUUUAUUGGUCAUCCAAUUCUUCCAUGUUUUGUCUGUAUGGUCUAAUUUUUUUUCUAAAACUUUUAAUGGAGGGGAUCUUGCCACUGAGAACAGUAGGCGUAUCCUCAUCUGAUACUUGCUGUUAGAUGUGCCAAGGCCAGGUAUAUGGCAUGUGUUGCAGUGUAAUACAUGUAUAACCAGCUGCUCCUGCAUUGCUUGACUGCAAAACUGUUACCCUAAGGAAAGGGUGGACAUACCAGCUAUACAGAUACAGAUGUGCAAUACAGAUCCAAAAUACU